CCUUAUAUUCGCUGCUGCUAUACUGAUAUUAGCAUCACGUUGGAUGUGUAAGAGCUUGAGAUGGAGGCAACUCCCAAGAAGUGGCUCCAAAUACCAAAGGCUAAACAGGGAGCUGCCUGUAUCUGGUAGGGCAAGAAGAGAACCGGACGUUAACGAGGGUUGGGAUGACCGCUGGGGUGAUAAUUGGGACGACGAGGAGGCACCAGCAUCACCUUCUGUGCCUAUAACUCCUGGCCGCUCCUCCAAACGCCUUGCCUCGCGACGGUCGAAUAAGUAAGGAUGGAAGGACUAUUGUCGUUUUCAUUUACACAAGCAACUGAAACCAGAGGACUUCCAUGAUGAUAUCAAUUACUGUAGAUUUGCCUCCAAUCUAUGUCUAAUGAGUCUAUAUGGGUAAAAAGGUUUAAAUAAGUAUGCUGGAAUCUACAUUUUAAGCAUCAACAAGUUUUUGGUAAGAUAUCAGAACCGAAAUUUAUUCUAGAAAAUAAUUAAAGAUAUUAUAAUAUAAAUAUAUACGCCAGUCAAAAUAUCUAAAUUUAGUUAUCACUUCCGUAAACAAACACUUCAUCAGCUCUCGGCUUGUUUAUACCAAAUCAAUCCUCCCAAAAAACAGAACAACAACAACAAAAAAUGAGCUCUCACAUUUGCAAAUCUGCUUCUAGAGUCGUCCGAUCACUCCUUUCAGCUUCGAAGACCUCUCGCUUUUUCACUGCAGAAGGGCGGGCAGUAGCUGCAGCAACAGCAGUUUCGCUUAACAGUAAGGUGCCUCUUUUAGCUUCAUCAGCUUAUGGAAAUGGUGGUUCAGCCAAUGCAUCAAGAGGAUGGCUUUCAGGAAUGUUUGCUCUUCCAAUGGCAGCUUACAUGGUUCAGGACCAAGAAGCUCACGCUGCACAGAUGGAGCGCACUUUCAUUGCUAUCAAGCCUGAUGGAGUACAAAGAGGGCUUAUUGCAGAAAUCAUAUCUCGUUUUGAGCGGAAAGGGUUCAAGCUUGUGGCUAUCAAGAUCUUGGUUCCUUCAAAGGAAUUUGCCCAGAAACAUUACCACGACUUGAAAGACAGACCCUUCUUCAAUGGCCUCUGUGCAUUCCUCAGCUCAGGCCCUGUGGUUGCUAUGGUUUGGGAAGGAGAGGGAGUCAUAAAGUAUGGCCGGAAACUCAUCGGAGCAACCGAUCCUCAGAAAUCGGAGCCUGGAACCAUCAGAGGUGACCUAGCAGUGGUUGUGGGAAGAAAUAUAAUUCAUGGGAGUGAUGGUCCUGAGACAGCCGAGGAUGAAAUCAACUUAUGGUUCAAGCCACAAGAACUGGUUAGCUAUAAAAGCAACGCAGAGAAAUGGAUCUAUGAAGGCAAUCGAUGAAGCACUUUUUCCUUUUCAUUAGUUGCACAAACUUUUUGUCCCAGGUGGGGCUGAGGCAUAAUUUCCAGAAUAAGAAGAGUUUAUAAUCUGAUGUCAAACUUGAUGAAUUUUCUAAAACAAUAA